ACUUGUCUGUUCUCUUGGUGUUUCUGCAUUCUUCAUUAAGAAGUGGCAUAUGUAGUUUUCUCUUGGUUUGCGAAAGAAAUUUGUUUUCCAACGAACCAGCACCUGACACACGUGAACAACAGACAGAAUGAAAGCUAAAUUUCCACUGUCCCUCUUGUAUGCCGGUAUUGGGAGAGUUCUGCACUGUUUCCUCCAUAUUCUGUCUGAAGUAUUUCCUUGUUUGGAAGUGAAAUCACAAACUUCCACACAGGACAUCAAUGUUUUCAUACCUGAAAGAAGUGACGUUGAUAAGAUAAUAAAAUGACAUCUGAAGGUAAAUCCGUGCCACAAACAGCAACAUUAACAACAGAUGCCGUCCCUAUUCCAUCGGCAGAAGUUCAGAAUGCACACGCGGAGAUGGUGCCUGUACAGAAUGAGUUGGGAGAGAAUGACACGCGUGAGUCUGAAGAAUAUGAAGAUACACAAGAGGAGCGUGUACCUAGAGGUGAUGAACAAGAAAUUGAAAGUGUAAAACUGAUAGACGAUGUUGAAGUGAGUAGUCCACAGGAAUUAUCACAAAAAGCAGAGGAAAGUGUGGAAACUCCGAUGACUAAUAAUCUGACUGAAAAAAGGAAAAAACCUUCUAGUGAUAAAAGAAUAAGGAAACAUGAUAAUUCACCAACACCAGCGCAAGCAUCGUCUGUUAUGUACAGUAUAACAAAUGUAACGGGACCAUUUCAAAUUGGCCAUAAAAUUACAAUUAAUAUGCCAUCAAAACAAGAAAAAUCUUCAAAGACAUCGCCCAGGAGGAUACCUAAGGCUGUAGAAGAUACCUUUAAGAGCACAGAGACAGUCAAAGAAGAAGAUCUGGAUACAGUGGCUCCACAUGUUGGCAGUGCGUGGAGGAGAGUUGGCAGACUGCUGAAUUUCAGUGAUGGUGAACUAGAUCAGUUCAAGAUAGAUUAUAAAACUGAAAGUGGCAUGAAAGAGGUUAUAUAUCAGAUGUUACUUGCUUGGAAAAGAGAAAUGAGUAGUAAUGCAACGCGCGGCAUUUUGUGCAGAACUUUGUGGUCUGCACAUGAGUAUGAUGCAGCAGAAAAACUAGUUCCGGACAUAAAUUGAAAGUAUCCUGCACUGUUCCAAAGGUUGAAAAGAAGAGUAUGUUUGUGAAUGAAUGUGCAAGAAGAUGAAUAUUUUUAUUGUCCACUUUUAUGUGUGGUGUAUGUGUUUGUACAGUCAACUUAAUUUUUGUACUAAACAUAGUUAAUGUGAUUUGUAUUAUAACCAAAUAUCAAAAUAAAAUAUCAAAAAAUUUUUAAAUA